GUGAGGCCGGAAGUGAGUGUAAUAAAGUUUCUCCCGGGAGGCCGGGGCCAGGGAGAAAGUUUGAGCAGCAGUUUAAGCAGGCAGUGGUGUGAUCCGGAUCCAGAUCGGCCCGCGGUGCGGUGCGGAGACUCCAUGAAGCCCUGUUCCACCCCCAGAUAUGCUUCCAAGCCCUACUACAAGAAACCCUUCAUUAGUCGUUCCAGUUCUCCGAAACUCCUUCCCGCAACACUUCUCCGCUAACUUCUAUCAAAAUCCUAGCUUCCAAAAGAGCAAAGGCUUCUGAAAGAAGGAUUCGACUUCGUUGAAGUUACGCCUCCACGCCUGUCUAGGGGCUCCACCCCUCCUGGGGACUCCGCCCCUUCCGUAAUCCACGUCCGAUUGUCCAGAAACUUGACCUGGAAGUCUGAUCGUAGGGGACCACGCCCCUUUAGAGUUAUCCCUUUGGGGUGCUGGUCCUCACUUGAAAACCCUUGCCUUCUAUCUCAGACACUGCACCUGCUUUAUAUGUUUCUUGGGCUUUGGACCUACUUUUCCUGAGCUGUUGUGCUCCACAGGUGGGAAGUGAGAGAUUAGAGGCAGCGGCUUUCUUUUCCUUUACCCUUAUCCUAGAGUGGAUCAACUUGAAGAGGGCCAAACGUGGGGUUUGGCACGAGAGUGGGAGAGAGACUUGCUUAAGAGAUUUCCGGCUCCACUGCCAGAGUUUUCUCCCUGGGACCGACUUCACCCCAGAAACAGCUGUGGGUCGUACCUGUCCAUGGCUUGAUAGGGCUGUGGGUUUGUUGGUGUGUGCUUUGUGGGUCUAACAGGAGUGAGUUUUCUAAAACCAGAAAACAGUGAUUUGGAGUCAGGAGUAGGGAUUAAUGUCUUUUUUGGGGGGACUCCUAGCCCCCCUUCUUUGAUUUUUUUCCCCUCCCCCCUAACCAGAGCUCUUGUCUGGGCAUUCAUCCUGGCUCCAUUUGCCCAGCCUUCCCUGCUGGAAACAUUCCUGAGGCUUUCGCCAUUUCCUGCUACUUCCCGCCCCUCUGGCCUCCUCCCUGCUAGGCUGAGAAGCAAUACACAGAUUUUUCCCCCCAACACACAAUCACCUGGACUUCCAGUAGGAGAUGCAAAUUUAGAAUCAUACUUCUUUAUUUUCUUCCAAGUGUCCACACCUGUUGGUCAUUCCCUGCCUCUGGAUGUUGCAGGCUCCCCCAGAACGCCAUCUAUAAAGAAGAGGGCAUCCUGCUGUGUGUUUCUUUGGUCUGGAGUGAGGCUGCAAGCAGAAUCCUUCAUUCUGAGAGCUGAGGCCUUAGUAAAUGGAGUGAUAGAAUUCUUUCUUAGGAGUAGAGAAUGAAGUGACAAAGCUUUCCUGGGAUGGGGACAAGAGUUGAAAGAGUUAAGCAUGGCGUAUACACAUUUUAAGUGCUAGUAUUGUUAAAAAACUAAUCCUGUAGAUUGUUCUAAUCCUCUAAGUAAACCUAAGGAUAAUUCUCUGAGGUGAGCCUGGGGAAGAGAGAGCUUUUAUUUCUUGUAUUUUGGUCACUUUCUCACUUCCUCUAUGGCUCCUGAAGCAGAGCUGUGGCAGGAAGCUGUGGGUGGAAAGAAUGGAUUUGGGACUGUUACUCCCAUCCAACCUCAUCCCAAUUUCUGGCAUGCCAGUCUCCUGUCGUUAUUAACACAGAUUUGUCUUGUGAUCUCUCUAUCCUUUUGUGGCCUGUGCCCUCAGUUCUCUUGGGGAACCAUUUCAUUUUCCCAUCUCCAGCCAGACCCCUCCACUAGUGUAAGGGACAGUUUGGUGAGCUUUAGAGUCCCUGUAAGAGAAAGGAUCUGAAUAUAUCUGGCAGUUUCAGGAGGGUGACCUUAGAUUUAGUGCCCUGACCCUUUUUUCUCAUUUUUGUCAUCUUGCUUUGCUAGCUAAGCCUGUGGAAAGGAGGCAGAACUAACCUACUUGGUUAGUAGGUACCAUGCAUAGAGAACAAGGCUUGCCCAACAUGUCUUCUUGCUCCAGCUCUUGCCUGGUAGCUCACUGAUGCACCAUCAGGCUGGACUUUAUUCCCCUUACUUCAUAGGCUUUGCCUUUCCUCUUGGCCCUGCUCUGUAUCCACUGGGACCACUUCCUUCCCUUCCCUAUUUCCCUCGCUCCAGUCCACAGCUGUUGUAGCAGGGCAUACUAAUGGCCCAGGCUCCCUGGGGCCACCACCCCACUGUAUAUGGUAGUGGUGGGGGUGGCCUGGGCUGGAGGAUGGGGGAAUUCUAGUGUUUGUCUGAGUGUUCAUCCUGGACAGAAAGGGAAAUGCUGAGGGGAUCCCCUCCCUUUUCCACCACCAGCUGCCUCUAUUUCCUUCCUCAUUCUUCCCUGGCUUCCUGCUCCCUUUGGCCUACCCGUGUCCGGUUUGGAUUGAUCAGAGCUCCUCUUAUCUCCCUCCUUUCCUUCCUAUUUCUCCAUCCUUCCGUUCCCUCCCCAUUUACCUUUGCCUCAGAUUACUAGUUGUCUGUAUAGGGCAGAGGAAAGGGGUGUGACUAGCUCUAUCCCCGCAGGAGUUCUAGGUUGGGGUGGUCACAGUGGGGGCUCAGCCCCUCUGAGCCUGUGAGUCAGCACUGUCCUUGGGAUUGGUCCCUCUCCUUAGUUCCCCGCCCCUGGGGAGGAGCCAGGCAGCGCUGGGUCCAGCUUGUUCUCUUCUCAGCCAUGAGAGGAAGCUCCACGAUGGUCUGGGCUGAGGAUGGGGCCUGAAACUGUCUGGACCUGACCUGGGGGAGCAGAAGCCACUUGUCCUUCGUCCUCCCCAGGACCUCUGUGAUCCCUGGGCCACAGAGGUCAGACCAGACUAAGAGCCUGGGGAUGCCCCCUGCCUGGCCCCCUUGCCUGAAUUGGCAGGGGGGCCGGGCUGGGCAGCAGCAACCCCCCUCACCCCAGCCAUGGAUCUCCUGCCUCCCAAGUCCAAGUACAACCCACUUCGGAAUGAGUCUCUGUCAUCGCUGGAGGAGGGGGCUUCCGGGUCCAGCCCCCCAGAGGAGCUACCUUCUCCAUCAGCCUCAUCCCUGGGGCCCAUCCUGCCUCCUUUGCCUGAGGACGAUAGUCCCACUACCCUGUGCUCCUUCUUUCCCCGGAUGAGCAACCUGAAGCUGGCCAACCCGGCUGGGGGACGCCUGGGACCUAAGGGGGAGCCAGGAAGGGCCACCGAGGAUGGGGAAGGGAUCUCAGGGGCAGCCAUGCUGGACUCAGCCCUGCCCCUCCUCCAGGACAUGAACAAGCUGAGUGGAGGCGGCGGGCGCAGGACUCGGGUGGAAGGGGGCCAGCUGGGGGGCGAGGAGUGGACCCGGCACGGGAGCUUUGUCAAUAAGCCCACGAGGGGCUGGCUGCAUCCCAACGACAAAGUCAUGGGACCUGGGGUAUCCUACUUGGUUCGGUACAUGGGCUGUGUGGAAGUCCUGCAGUCGAUGCGUGCCCUUGACUUCAAUACCCGGACUCAGGUCACCAGGGAGGCCAUCAGCCUGGUUUGUGAGGCUGUGCCGGGUGCUAAGGGGGCAACAAGAAGGAGAAAGCCCUGUAGCCGCCCACUCAGCUCUAUCCUGGGGAGGAGUAACCUGAAAUUUGCUGGAAUGCCAAUCACUCUCACCGUCUCCACCAGCAGCCUCAACCUCAUGGCCGCAGACUGUAAACAGAUCAUUGCCAACCACCACAUGCAAUCUAUCUCAUUUGCGUCCGGCGGGGACCCGGACACAGCCGAGUAUGUUGCUUAUGUUGCCAAAGACCCUGUGAAUCAGAGAGCCUGCCAUAUCCUGGAGUGUCCUGAAGGACUUGCCCAGGACGUCAUCAGCACCAUCGGUCAGGCCUUUGAGUUACGCUUCAAACAAUACCUCAGGAACCCACCCAAGCUGGUCACCCCCCAUGACAGGAUGGCUGGCUUUGAUGGCUCAGCUUGGGAUGAGGAGGAAGAAGAGCCACCUGAUCAUCAGUACUAUAAUGACUUCCCGGGGAAGGAACCCCCUCUUGGGGGGGUAGUAGACAUGAGACUUCGGGAAGGAGCUGCUCCAGGGGCUGCUCGACCCACUCCACCCAGUGCCCAGACCCCCAGCCACCUGGGGGCUACAUUGCCUGUAGGGCAGCCUGCUGUGGGAGACUCAGAGAUCCGCAAACAGAUGUUGCCUCCACCACCCUGUCCAGGUAGAGAACUCUUUGAUGAUCCCUCCUAUGUCAACGUCCAGAACCUAGACAAGGCCCGGCAAGCAGGGGGUGGGGCUGGGCCGCCCAAUCCUGCCAUAAAUGGCAGUGCACCUCGGGACCUCUUUGACAUGAAACCCUUUGAAGAUGCCCUCCGGGUGCCUCCACCUCCGCAGUCUAUGUCCAUGGCUGAGCAGCUCCGGGGAGAGCCCUGGUUCCAUGGGAAACUGAGCCGGAGGGAGGCUGAGGCGCUGCUCCAGCUCAAUGGGGACUUCCUGGUGCGAGAGAGCACGACCACACCUGGCCAAUAUGUGCUUACUGGCCUGCAGAGUGGACAACCCAAGCACCUACUUCUGGUGGACCCUGAGGGUGUGGUUCGGACAAAGGAUCACCGCUUUGAGAGUGUCAGUCACCUCAUUAGCUACCACAUGGACAAUCACUUGCCCAUCAUCUCUGCAGGCAGCGAACUGUGUCUACAGCAACCUGUGGAGCGGAAACAGUGAUCCUUCUCAGCCUUUCUCCCAGAAGAUGCCCUCCAGCCCCUUCCACUCUCUUUCCUCUCUCAGGACCUCACUUCGAAUGUUCUGUGGGCUUAGCCUUAGGGAGGAGCUGGGAGUAGUGUGGACAUUGGAUUUAGUAUCCAGCUGAGUGAGAGGAUUUGAGUUGGGAGCCUGGGGUAGAAUUCUGCAUCUCCCCAAACCUCACCAAAGUGUUAAUAUACAGAGUGGCUCCCUUACCUGGGCCUUUCCUGUGCCAACGUGAUGCACCCUUCCCUAAGAAGGUGGAUGCCUGUAAUGGAAAAUGCCCUGUGGUCAUAGGCCCAGUGGAGCAGUUACCCUUCUGGGGAAGGGGAAUGAAUCCCAAGUCUGGUCUACACCUGGGCUUCAGGAUACUCCAGGCUCCUCUCAACACUCCUACUCAGUGUUAAAAACUUUGUGCCUUUGACCAACUGCUAGGUCUGCAGAUAUUUUAUGCAAAGAGUUCUCAGGCCCCUACGUUCAAGGACUGGGUGCUGACACCUCGGCUUCUGGGACCCUGUCCUCUCCUUGCUCAGCACCCUCUCCAGUUUGAGUUGGGACAACAGAGGCAGGAGUGGCAGCUGUCCCCUCUGAGGGAUAUGUAACCCUUAGAGAUUUCCCUAGAGCCCAUGUCCAGGGCAGGGGGUAGUUAGAUCCCUCCUUGCUCAGUGCCUCCUGGCCCCCUCAGUGCCUCAGUCCGAGGGCCCCCCUUUCCUUAAGGGGUCUGUAUAUACAUUUCGUAAUCCCGUCCCUCCCAUGUUGCAUGCGUGUUAUACUCUACAGCCAAAGUGUAGCCCUUCUUCCUGCAACCUGGUCCUGUCUCCCGCUUCUGGGACAGCUGGAGGUGAAUGAAUUUGGGCCUCCCAAAUGGGUUUCGUGGAGGCAGGAACUAGGACAUUGAGAUUAAGCAGUAGAAAAUCCCCAGAUACUAUCUGUAGAUUUGCAACUGCACUCCUUUUUAUUUUAUAUGCAUAUAUUUUAGGGCUGUAGAUUUACUUUCUUAGUCUGUUUUCCAUGGCUGCUUUUUUGAGCACAAAAUGAUGAUAAUCGAUUUAUGCAUCACCUCUUGGACUUUUCCGAGCUCUUUUACAACUAUUGGCAUUUUCCUCACCCCAACCUGGACUGGCAGCAUUAUCUUUUUUUUGUUUGUUUUUAAGCGACAGAGACCUGAGACAAAUCAAUUUUACCCUAGGACUGGAAAACUCGGGCCUCUUACCGCGAGGCUAGGAAGCAGCUUGGCCAAGUAGUGUUAUGAUGUGGGAGCUUACUGCAAGUACUGAGUACCUUCUACAGGCCUCGGCAGAUGUGGCCACGACAGAGAAACUAGCCCUGCUGGCCCUCUUAUAUCUUUGCUGUUAAGGGAUGAUCAACUACUUCAAUCCUGGCCGCCCUUUUUUUUUUUUUUUGGAAUGUUUU